AUGUCUGUGACUCUCCAUACCACCCAGGGCGACCUUAAAAUCGAGAUAUUUUGUGAGGCAGUUCCACAAACCGCUGAGAACUUCCUGGCGCUUUGCGCAUGUGGCGCCUAUAAUGAUACUCCCUUCCACCGUCUCAUCCCGGGCUUCAUGAUCCAAGGCGGCGAUAUCUCUCUUGGACCAGUUGCGCAACCCUCAGGGACCACCAAACCCGCGCUCCCGUUCGAGAUUCCGAAAGGCGGUACCUCGGUGUAUCAUCCCUCAGCAAUGAACCAAGAAAUUCACCUGCCAGCAUUACGACAUAACGCGCGCGGUAUCCUUUCUAUGGCCUCGCGACCAGUGAAGGACAGGUCAGCACCAGGAUCGCAAAACGCAACUGGCCGGACAAUUAAUGGCAGUCAAUUCUUUGUUGUCUUUGCGCCGGCGCCGCAUCUUGAUGGAGUUAGCACAGUUUUCGGGAAGGUUCUGAACUUGAGCCCGCAGGAUGAGGGUGGUGAUGUUCUUUCAAAGCUGGAGAAGGUCAAUGUCAAGGUUGAUAAGAAGGGCAAGGUUUCUCAGCCCAAAGAGGGUGACAACUUUGAGGCUCUUCGGAUCAACAGCGUCACUAUCCAUGCCAAUCCUUUCGCAACAUGA